UUUUUUUUUUUUGGGAAUUUAUAAAGAGAAAAAAUAGAUACAAAUAUGAUGGGUGUUUUAAGUUUUUUUAAUACUAUACCUAUAAAAUAUCUUUCACUUAUUAUUUUAGUAGUGCAGAACAGUGCACUCAUCUUGGUCAUGCGUUAUACUAGAGCUAGUGUAGAAGAAGAUAAAUUAUAUUUAGCGUCAACAGCUGUUGUGAUGAGUGAAAUUAUAAAGUCUAUUGUUUGUUUAUUUGUACUUUAUUUUGCUAUGGAAUCUCGUAAACGUACUAUCAAAAAACUUAUUCGACUAUUAAAUCGUGAACUCAUUUUAAAUUGGAGAGAAACUGUUAAACUUGCAGUUCCUGCUGUAUUAUAUCUUAUUCAGAAUAAUCUUCAAUACGUUGCAGCCUCUAACCUCGACGCAGCAACAUUUCAAGUGACUUAUCAAUUAAAGAUCUUAACAACUGCAUUUUUUAGUGUGAUUAUACUUAAAAAAAGUCUUUCGAAAUUAAAAUGGAUUGCUUUAGGAUUAUUAACGGUGGGAAUUGCUCUUGUUGUGAUGCCAAAAGGAACUAUUACAGCAUUUAUUGCUUAUACAACAGGAAAUACGACUGUUACGGAUUCAAGUAUUCCAACGGCAAGUAUCGGUAAUCAAUCUAAUAUAGAAGGCUUUAUUGCUGUAUUAGCUGCUUGUCUAUUAUCUGGUUUAGCAGGAGUUUAUUUUGAAAAGAUUCUUAAAGCACCUACACCUAAGCCUGUUCCUACUACUACUGACGACGAAGAUUCAUUCUCUGAUAAUGAAGAUGGACAAGAGAACAAGAGAGUUAUUUUUAGAGAAGAAGAAGAUAUGAAUGAGGAUACAAAUAAUAAAAAUCAAAUAUGGAUUCGUAAUAUUCAAAUGUCGUUUUUCUCUGUUCUAUUAGGCUUAGUAUUUGUGGUUAUGUUACAAGAUGGAACAACAAUUGUAGAACGAGGCUUCUUUGUUAAUUACACGCCUUUAACUUGGACUGUUAUUCUCAUUCAAGCGUUAGGGGGAUUAAUUGUUGCACUUGUCGUAAAAUACGCUGAUAAUAUUUUAAAGGGAUUCGCUACAAGUAUUAGUAUUAUAUUAUCAUCUAUUGUUAGCGUGUGGCUUUUCAGUUUUACUUUUUCUGGAUCAUUUUUACUGGGCGCAGCAUUAGUAAUCUAUGCAACCUAUCUCUACGGUCUGUAAUACAUACGAAGACUGCCCCUUCUCAAAGAAUACCCUUUAUAUAUAUCCCCCUCUCCCUCCCUUCCUCCCUCCCUUUGCCCUCUUAUAUAUAAAUAAUAAUACAAUGAUUCGCGUUUCAACCUCAAGAUUUUGUAAAAUAAAAUUCAAAAUUUAUUAUUAUCA